CUGGAAUGAUAAUGUAGCUUUGCCACGCAAUGAUUGUUAUACUUUGGGUCUUUCCUUCUCUUGUCACGCAGAACCUGUCAUACUUCCAGUCAGCUUUUUUUUUUUUUCUGGACCAUUGAAAAUAUCAAACAUACCCUAACCCGUACAUUGAACUUCGCAACUAAGUGCUGAUCAUGUUAGAUUCUCAAUUGGCUGCAUACGAGAAGUUUAAGUCUUCUUCUAGCCAAAGCCGCGACAAUGAAGCUCGAUCCAGGAGAUCAAAGCUCUCAAAUGAUCCGUCUUUGCCACGAUUAAAUUCCAUUCACCAAGGUCGCGUAGUCAAAAUCAUGGAAUUUGGUGCUUUUAUACAAAUGGUGGACGUUACGCAGCAAGGUUUAGUCCAUAGAGCGCAGCUGUCGAACCACAGAGUGGAAGAAGUUGCUGAUGUUGUACAAGUCAACGAUUCUGUAUGGGUAAAAAUUGUCGAUAUAGACGAGGACGAUAGCGGAAAAGUUAAAAUUGGACUCUCUAUGAAAUAUGUCAACCAAGGCAAUGGCGACGAUUUAGAUACUGGCAAUGUGAAUUAUGGACGAGAGCUUGAGAAUAGGAAGAAGGGAAAUGUGGCUUCAACCUUCAAUCGCGCACCGAUAGAAUUGACAGACGCCGUAAUGAUGAGCGUUGUUUGCCGAAAGUGUGGUGGCAAGGGUCAUCUGCCAUCGGAAUGUUUCAAUGGCCCUGAUACAAAGUAUGAAUUGAUACCAGAGGAUGAAGAGCUUGACUAUGAUUUGACCAAGAAGCGAGAAAGGUCACAUAAAAGAGAGCAUUCACAUCGAAAAGAGCACAAAUCGAAAAAACACAAGAAAAGAAAGAGGGAGACUUCCCGAUCUGCAAGGUAGGAGGCAGGGAAAAAUGGCAUUGUUUCAUAUCAGUUACUUACUCCAAUGGCAGCCCUGAAGUAAGAAGCGUUAACAGCGUAGCCGAUGCCCUCUCAGUAAUGCGAAGAAGGAGUCGUAAAGAGCAUAAAAAGGUGAGUAGAUUGGCUCAGUCAGCAAGCAAAGCAAUCAUGCGAUGUUUUUGAUUC